UGCACGAGAAGCGCUAAAACCAUGGCUAUAUCGAUAUCACUGAGCGAUUGAAAUCAAAGUAUGCCGUAUUUCAUACAGCGGACACGCGCAAGUGAACGUCGUACGUGCGCGCUUCCGUAAAGCAGUAAUAAAGAUGGCGGCCACCGGCGGCGGAGUUGUUGUUCCCCGCAGUUUUCGCCUCCUGGAGGAACUGGAGGAAGGCCAGAAGGGUGUUGGAGAUGGUACAGUGAGCUGGGGCCUCGCAGAUGAUGAUGACAUGACGCUAACUCACUGGAAUGGCAUGAUCAUUGGCCCCGCCAAGACUGUCUAUGAUGGCAGGAUAUACAGUCUGAAAAUAGAGUGUGGGCACAGAUACCCAGAGCACCCCCCUCUUGUCCGCUUUGUGAACAAGAUCAACCUGACUGGCGUGCACAGUUCAAACGGUGUGGUGGACAUUAAGUCGGUGGCAGCACUGUGCAGGUGGAAAAACUCCAACAGCAUCCGGAUGGUGCUGCAGGAACUCAGACAGCACAUGAUGCUGAAAGAGAACAACAGGCUCUCUCAGCCACCUGAAGGCCAGGUGUACAGCAACUGAAGCCCCUGCUGCUGUCCCUUGUCUCACACACGCGCACACACACACACACACACACACACACACACACACACACACACACACACAGAGCAUCCUAAACACUUAACACCGACCCUACCACUUUCAUACAACACAACCAUCAUGUAAUCCAAGACUCUCAACUCCCACUCCUUUCCUCACGAGCCUCCCAUUGGACAGAGGGAGGUGGGCACAGGUGAACUCCUCACCCAGUGCCCAGUCAUCCAUUAAUGUUGACGGUGCAGGGCAGAUGGCAAAACUAGAAUACUGUACAUCUUACUAAUGUUAUUUUUUAUUAUCUUUGUGUUCUUCAUCCAGAUUGUAAAAUAACAAAUGACCUGAUUGUGCCAAUUAUAUGUGUGCGCUGGGUUCUUCGCAAGACGUGACAGAUCCUGUUUAUGGGUAUUGUGGUGAGGGUUGUGAAUCAGCUCACUACUUAGCAAAACAAGUACACUUCAGUAAACCAGACUGAAAUGUUUAGAUCAUUUUGUAAAAAACCAAGCCUCUGCAUCUUGCAGUAAACACAUUCCCCUGACAGAGAAAAAAAUAAACCAAACAAUGCUUUGCUUGGCCUCCCAGGCUGCGUUAGUCUCAAAUUCCCCAGCUUCCACAAUCCCGAUGAUGUGAAUUUGGGCCUUCCUUAACCGAGUGCGUGUCCAGUACAUGGGAAUACACAGAUACUAGACAUUCAGUGACACGUGUAUCAACGGGGCACAACUGGCUCAUCACUCAUGUUCUCAGACUUGUCUUCUGUGUGCCAUAUGGUUCAUAGCGCUUUGUGAUAGUGAUUGAUUAUUAGAAGCCAGGGGGAGGGGGAGAUGGGAGGGGCUAUAGUUCCUUGUGCUUUCUCUCUUCAGAGAACAUAGAGCUUGUGCGCCUGGCACCUUUUGAGGAUCUCCACUGUACCGAGGUCUGUGCAGAGCAGGAGCAGCUGUGAUUCUUUUUCUGUCUGUCUUUUUGCUGUUUUUGGCUCCUUGUUUUGGUUCUUCAGUCUCUCGGCUGACCUGUGUAUACCCCAUGGAGUCAUCUCUUCUCUCGUACAGUGGCUGCCCACUGUAUGCAAUGUACGGCUUUGGAUGUUUAUUUUGUAACGGGUUGAGUCUAAUCAGGGUGAUGGUGACCUGUUGCAUGGUUUUAUUUGAAUUAAACAUUGUUACUUUUGCA